AUGCCCUCUGAAACAGAACCCCUCCUCCCGCGCUACGAGGACGACACCUCGCGCCAGCGUCGCCUCCACCAGAAACUCCACUCCUACCAGAUGCUCCGUGCUCUCUCCGAGGGGUACAUGCCAACAACGGAACAAACAAUCGCCAACCUACGCACUCUCCUUGCUUCGGACGUCCUGAAUCUUCGAAAUCAGGACAUCGGUUCCCACGGCCGUCAGCUCGUUCGCAACGCACGACUGUGGUUGACUACCUUCAUCGAGCUGCUACUGGAGAAGAAUGGUGAUGACCAGCUCCAGGAGUUCCUGUGGCACGUGGCGCGGUCGCGUGUGGAGAUUGACGGGGAUAGAGUGUCGCAGCAGGCCGCACAUGUGAAGGCGCGUGCUGAUACUAGAGCGGCAUACGAAAGUUUUCGGACGGUGGGGAACUUGCUGUUGACAAAUGCGGAUUUCAGAUUGUUCGUCGAUGAUGUCGCUACAGUUGGGAAGCAGAUCUUUGCUGAUACUGCGAAGUCGCUUUCUGAGACAUCUAAGCUGGUCGCGGAGCAGGUGAAACCUUCGAAGAAUGAGGAGGAGGCUUUGAUGGGGGCGGGAGCAGAUGAGGGGCGUGAGGUCUCAAAGGAGGAAAUAAAGGAGGAAGUUGCCCAGGUUGCGGCGGUUGCUGGGGAGGGCAUUGCUCAGACUGGUGAAGAGGUGGUGAAGAGUGCAAAAGAGCAUUUUACAGGCCGAGAGAGGGAUACGCUUCUGUUUCGGCUGAAGAAAACUGUUCAGCAAUUGAGGCAGAGGACUGAUUAUUCGGAUUCUGUGUCGACGCUUGCGCAGAUGGUUCAGCGAUAUGCUAUGUUUUAUGCAAAUGCCGCCGAGGAUACGGCUUCGACAGCUGGGGAGACUGUCGAGGUUAAUGCCGAUCUGAAGCAAGCGGUGGAUCAAUUCUGGGGUUUGCUUCGCAGGUUCGGCAGUGCGAAGGAAUGGGAGCAGCUUCAGAAGAGAUUCCAGGAUAUUAUGCGCCACGCAAACAAAGACCCCGAAUUUGAGCAGCUGAUGGGAGAAGUUGGCACAUCGCUGCAGGAAAUGCUUACCGAUCCCGAGUUCUUCGAUUCCGCCCCACAGAAGCUCGAUGAAUUACAGAAGCAAUCGGAAAAGGUGGGCUCAGAGUCUGGGCUCCGCGAGGACAUUGUGGAGUUCCUGGCACAGACCAAGCGGACUUUACGCGCGGUACCUGACGAUCCUGCGGUGUCCAAGUUGGUCGCUGCUACCACGAAGCUAUACCAUGAUGCAUGGACUGCAUACAACGACAAGGGCACCGAUUUGCCAGCCGAUAUGGUCAAUGUCAUCCUUCCUGUCGUUCUGCGCAUGAUUCAGUAUGUGCCUAUUCCCCGCCUGGAAGUUGCGGCUCCCGAGAUGGAUCUUCUUCUGGAAAAUCUGAUCCUGGAGCCGGGCCGUACUAUUGUCAAAAAACACUCGAAACGGACCCAAACAGACAUCAAGACUGUCUUCAGUGUGACAGCCCACGGUCUAAACAUAAGUGCCCAGGACUUCGGAUAUUGGCUGAAGACUCACACGUUCUUCUGGCACAUGAAGGAUGAAGGCAUCGCCAGCUUCUAUCUUGACCGCCGAGGUAUUGAUAUUAGCCUAGAGGUAGAGGUCGGUCGCGGGAGCCUGGAGCAAAUAUUCACACUCCGCAACGUUCGAGUGCGUAUCCACAAGCUCGACUACAAGGUCACGCGAAGCAAGUGGAAGUUCCUUCUGUGGCUCACCAAGCCAUUCCUCAAACAUCUCGUCCGCCGAGUCCUCGAAAAGAAAAUCGCCGAAGAGAUUGUAAGCGCUGCCCACGUCUUGAACCGGGAAUUGAUAUUUGCCCGCGAGCGUCUGCGUGCCACUCGUAUCGCCAAUCCGGAGGACUUGGGAACAUUUGUGCGCGCCGUGAUCGCACGAUUGAAGCCCGCGGACUCCGACGUUGAAGCUCGGAUUGCUAUUGAGCCACCCAAGUCUGGCGUCUUCAAGGGUAUUUAUGCUCCCGGUAGCAUUGUUAAGACCUGGCAUGACGAGGCCACCCGAGCUCAGGAGGCGAUUGAGGAUGGCGAUGAAACUCACGGUCUGGGACUGACCUGGCGCAACGAUAUCUUCGACGUUGCUGGAACACGUUGA